AUGCGCUCUGUGUUGGGGGACGAGGGGACGGGCGCGGACACUGACACGCUCUCUGUGUUGCAGGCUGCCACAGGAGCUGCUGGGGAGGCCGCCACCUGCAAGACGGGCUUCCCCGAGGCCGCGUACAGCGCCGUGCUGGCCCCGGACCUGCAUGAAGGACAGCCUCUGCUCAACGUGCGUUUCAGCAGCUGCAAUGGGAAGAGGAAGGUGCGGUACGAGAGCAGCGAGCCCGCCGACUUCAAGGUGGACGAGGACGGCAUGGUGUAUGCGGUCCGCAGCUUCCCCCUGUCCCCCGAGCGCGCCCGCUUCCUGGUCUUCGCCCACGACCGCGACACGCAGGAGAAGUGGCAGGUGGCCGUGAGCCUGAGCCCUCGGCCCCCCUCGCCCGAGGCCGCCCUGCAGGGCUCGCCAGGCGCCGAGGAGAUCGUGUUCCCGCGGCAGCCGGCCGGCAGCGAUGGGCACCUGCGGAGGCAGAAGAGGGACUGGGUCAUCCCCCCCAUCAACCUGCCCGAGAACUCGCGGGGCCCGUUCCCGCAGGAGCUGGUCCGGAUCCGAUCCGACAGAGACAAAAACCUUUCCCUGCGGUACAGCGUCACCGGGCCCGGCGCCGACCAGCCUCCCACCGGCAUCUUCAUCAUCAACCCCAUCUCCGGGCAGCUGUCCGUGACCAAGCCGCUGGACCGGGAGCAGAUCGCCCGCUUCCACCUGCGGGCCCACGCCGUGGACAUCAACGGCAACCAGGUGGAGAACCCCAUCGACAUCGUCAUCAACGUCAUCGACAUGAACGACAACCGGCCCGAGUUCCUGCACCAGGUCUGGAACGGGACGGUGCCCGAGGGCUCCAAGCCCGGAACAUACGUGAUGACGGUCACCGCCAUCGACGCCGAUGACCCCAACACGCAGAAUGGGAUGCUGAGGUACCGCAUCCUGUCCCAGGCGCCCAGCACCCCCUCGCCCAACAUGUUCACCAUCAACAACGAGACGGGCGACAUCAUUACCGUGGCGGCCGGACUGGACCGAGAGAAAGUGCACCAGUACACGCUGAUAAUCCAGGCCACCGACACGGAGGGCAGCCCCACCUAUGGCCUCUCCAACACGGCCACGGCCGUCAUCACCGUGACCGACGUCAACGACAACCCUCCCGAGUUCACGGCCAUGUCGUUCUACGGCGAAGUCCCUGAGAACCGGGUGGACGUCAUCGUGGCCAACCUGACGGUGACGGACAAGGACCAGCCGCACACGCCCUCCUGGAACGCGGUGUACAGGAUCAGCGGCGGGGACCCCACCGGCCGCUUCGCCAUCCAGACCGACCCCAACAGCAACGACGGCCUGGUCACCGUGGUGAAGCCAAUCGACUUUGAAACAAACAGGAUGUUUGUCCUCACGGUUGCUGCGGAGAAUCAAGUGCCAUUAGCCAAGGGGAUCCAGCACCCACCGCAGUCCACGGCAACUGUGUCCGUGACCGUCAUUGACGUGAACGAAAACCCUUAUUUCGUCCCAAAUCCCAAGAUCAUUCGCCAGGAGGAAGGCCUUCACUCUGGGACCAUGCUGACCACGUUCACCGCUCAGGACCCGGAUCGAUACAUGCAGCAGAGCAUUAGAUACACAAAGCUAUCCGACCCUGCCAACUGGCUGAGGAUUGACCCCGUGAACGGGCAGAUCACCACGAUCGCGGUGCUGGACCGGGAAUCCCCCCACGUGAAGAACAACAUCUACAACGCCACCUUCCUCGCCUCGGACAACGGAAUCCCGCCCAUGAGCGGGACGGGCACGCUGCAGGUCUACCUGCUGGACAUCAACGACAACGCCCCGCAGGUGCUGCCCCAGGAGGCCGAGACCUGCGAGACGCCGGCCCCCAACGCCAUCAACAUCACCGCCCUGGACUACGACAUCGACCCCAACGCCGGGCCCUUCGCCUUCGACCUGCCCCUGGCUCCCGCCAGCAUCAAGAGGAACUGGACCAUCACGCGGCUCAAUGGUGACUUCGCUCAGCUUAACCUGAAGAUCAAGUUCCUGCAGGCGGGCAUCUACGACGUGCCCAUCAUCAUCACGGACUCGGGGAACCCGCCCAGGUCCAACAGCUCGGUGCUGCGCGUGAAGGUGUGCCAGUGCGACUCCAACGGGGACUGCACGGACGUGGACCGCAUCGUGGGCGCCGGGCUGGGCACCGGGGCCAUCGUGGCCAUCCUGCUCUGCAUCAUCAUCCUGCUGGUCCUCGUGCUGAUGUUCGUGGUGUGGAUGAAGCGCCGGGACAAGGAGCGCCAGGCCAAGCAGCUCCUGAUCGACCCCGAGGACGACGUGAGGGACAACAUCCUGAAGUACGACGAGGAGGGGGGCGGCGAGGAGGACCAGGACUACGACCUGAGCCAGCUGCAGCAGCCGGACACCGUGGAGCCCGACGCCGCCAAGCCCGUGGGCAUCCGCCGGCUGGACGAGCGGCCCAUCCACGCCGAGCCCCAGUACCCCGUGCGCUCCGCGGCCCCGCACCCCGGCGACAUCGGGGACUUCAUCAACGAGGGCCUGAAGGCGGCAGACAACGACCCCACGGCGCCGCCCUACGACUCGCUCCUGGUGUUCGACUACGAGGGCAGCGGCUCCACGGCCGGCUCGCUGAGCUCGCUCAACUCGUCCAGCAGCGGUGGCGAGCAGGACUACGACUACCUGAACGACUGGGGGCCGCGCUUCAAGAAGCUGGCGGACAUGUACGGCGGCGGCGACGACUGACCGCGGGCCCGUCCGCGCUGUGCCCCAGGCGCCCGGAGCUGGGCUUGGACGUGCGCCCGGCCCGCGCCGGCCGGGGCGUGGGCACGGGCUGCCCACCAGGCGGGCCCGGAGGAUGCCCGCGCCCGCAGCCGCCGCCGGGAACUCCGAGCUCCGUCACACUUGAAUUUUGCAGUACAGAAGCACUGGGAUUUUACGUGCCUUUUUGUACCUUUUUCAGAUUGGAAUUAGUUUUCUGUUGGAGGCUUUAAUGGUACCGAUUUCUGACACGGACGGGACGCAGGGACAGACUGUUUUGUGGGGCAGCGGGGGAGCUAGACCGGGGCGCGCGCUUCAACACGCUCCGGUUCCAUCGCAUUUGCUUUGGUUGGGAUCCCGAGGUAAACACGCAAACACGCAGAACCCUCAUGGAGCCGUUUUUACACUCUGGGGGGUGGGGGGAGGCCGUGAGAUUGGGAAAAAAUGUACAUUACUUCUAGUUUUAGACUUUAGAUUUUCUUUUUUCCACUAAGAUCUUAAAACGUAUGCAGCUGGUUGCGAAGAAAGGGAGUUUUCAUAUCACCCGUUUGUAGCGGAAUUUGGAUUUUUUUCAUAAACUAGGAUGUUAGGCACAUUUGGUCUUAAUCCGUGUACACUUUUUUUUUUUUUAAUUGGCUGUUGUUUUUUUUUCACUUCACUGUACAAAUGGUAUGUGUACAUAAUGUUUUAUCGGCAUAGUCUAUGGAGAAGUGGAGAAACUGCAGGACACGUGUGUGUAUGUAUUAUUUGGACAAAGGAUUCAGGUUUUUUGCAUGUUUAUAUCUUUCGUUAUGGUAAAGUAUUUACAAGCCAAGUGACAUUUGAUUCGAUUGUUGAGCUGUAGUUAGGAUACUCAAUUUUUAAUUUUUUAAUUUUUUUUUAAAUUUUUUUUGUUUUUGUUUGGGGAGGGAGAAAAGUUCUUAGCACAAAUGUUUUACAUAAUUUGUACCAAAAACAAAACAAAAAAAAGAAGAAGAGGAAAGGAAAGGGGUGGGCUGGUGCGGGCGGCACUGCUAAGUGUGUGUUUUUAAGAAGAAGAAAAAAUGGGGGGGGAAAAGCUUUUAAACUGGAGAGACCUCUGACAACAGCUUUGCCUCUGUAUUGUGUACCGGAAUAUACACGAACACCCCAGCGUUCUGAAUAAAAUGCUAAUUUUGGA